GCCGCGCUCUUUUGUCUCUGGCUGGAGCUGCAGGAGCGAGAGACGUCCGGAGCAGAAAACCACUGCGGACGAGGCUUCUCCAGACCAGAAGAUGGCAGACAAGCCAGACAUGGGGGAGAUAGCGAGCUUCGACAAGGCCAAGCUCAAAAAGACGGAGACGCAGGAGAAGAACACUCUGCCCACCAAAGAGACAAUUGAACAGGAGAAGCGGAGUGAAGUUAACUAGAUUCUUGGUGAGACGCACGGCGAAGGGACUCCCCACUCCCUACCCCCGUCCUGGUUUGGAGGGAACGUAGCCACCUGAAUUACCCACAUUUAAAGGCAGGAUUCGCUGAGAAAGAGGGCCAGCCACUUGGGCAGUCACGCAUCCACGAAGGGUUCCUCACUGGACUUCACAAUCUCGAACUUCCACAUCCUACCCAGAUUGCCCUGCGAUAUUCUAGAAAGUUAUUUGUAUGACCGAUGAAAAUAAAGAUUAUAUUGUAAAAUG